AUGUGCUCAGUGCCUUUGGUGGAGAGUUGGCGCAGGAGUUGGAAGCUGCUCUUUUCCUCCAGCUGGGUGAGGCUUCCAGAUGCAGGCGGAGAGCCGAGCCAGUCAACCGCGGCUGUUGCCUCCCAGCUGUUGCAGCACUUUCCUCGUCCUCCAGUGCCACCGGUGCACGAGGACCCGACGGACCUCGACGCCAUCGAGGACGAUGCGGCUCCCGCGGCCGUCGCGGCUCCCGCGGCCGGACGGUCGCGGUCGGGGAAGACGAGGCCGGUAGCGGCGGCGAAGAAGCGGAACACGAAGGCCAAGGCGAAGGGGCCGAAAGCCAAGGUGAAGCCAAGGGGCGACGAUGAGAUGGAGGACAGAUCGCAGAUGAGGAUCUUCAAGGUGCUGACGGAGAUCCGGCGCAUCCUCGCGGUGUCGGAAAGCGCUACUGGCUGGGCACAGGAGGUGCUCCGCCUGGACGCCAGCGCCGCGGACCAGCUCGCCCAGCUCGCGCCCAAGGCGUUCCGCACUCUGGCGAGGGAGAUCCAUCCGGAUGGGCGGUCGCCCUUGGACGAGGAGGACGAGCUGUUGUGCCACGAGGCAUUGGAGAAGCUGCAACGCGCGCGGCGCCACCUGGUGUGCUGCGAGGAGCAGAAGGGUCUGGGGCGCGGCGAGGGACGGUCGCUGCGGCGGCCAGAGCGGCUGCGCUGCGAGGUGCGCAACGGCGGCUGGCACAUCACCUGGCAGCGGCUGGCGGGGCAUGAGGGCUCGGUGCUGCGCUAUGAGCUGCGAGCGCAGGUCGCGGGAGGGAUCGCCUUGGCCACUUUGGCGGAGUUGGAUCCCUCAGAGCCCGGGGGCUUCGAAGUGAGCUUGCAUCAGCUGCCAGCGCGUGUGAAGAGCUCGUUGCAGUCCAAUGGUUGGCUGUCAGUACGUGUCGCCGCGGUGGGCGGCCGCCUGGGCGCGGCGCCGCGCUCUGCGACGACGAACUCGGCUGUGUUGAGCGAGGAGACCACGCUGUGGCUGCGCGAGCUCACGGAGGCCAAGGCCUGUGAGAUCAAGGAACUCUUCGACUGAUGCGACCCGGUCGAGCCGGAUCUGAGGUGGUGACGCACUGGUGACGCGUCUGGCCUGUUUGGGACGUGUGGGCUGGAGGCAGCGGCUGAAGGCAGCUGAAGGCUGCUUCAAUCAUUUGUGCAGCUUGUUGCCUGAGUGGUUGCAGCUUGGGUCAUCCAGACUGAGUGGAAUCACUCAGAAUACCAAACGGCCAUCCGAAACGUGGGAGGAAUCCGGCAGGUUGCAUGAAACGAGCGCAGCUCAGGCGUGGGUAUCCUCUCUGCAUGGAAUUCGCCGAACAGAUUGGCGGUGGAUGUGGCACUCCCAUGACCGCACAGUUUGCGACAAAUAACACACCUUGAAAGCGAAAAUGGUCGUCACUUGGAAAGAGUCACCAUCAUCAUCAUCAUCAUCAUCAUCAUCAUCAUCAUCAUCAUCAUCUUAACUUUCUUCUUCGAAACAGUAAUUGUGUGCGGGCAAACACCUUUGGUUCUCUGCGCAGCACAGCCACACCGGUGGUGUGCGACACCGGCGCCAGCGCGUAAACUGGACACGAUGGCAGGGUAAGGCAGGGAAAAAAAUGCCGGGCCGGGGUGAGGGCUCUGCAAGUGAUGGGAAUCAUUAUUUAUCAGAAGG